UGACUCUUUUUGUGUCGACACCGUUUUAAAGAACAACAACAUGAGAAACGUCUUCUCGAUUAAUUAAUCUCUGUUAAUGAAAUCAUUUCAAUAACAUUCAGUAUGACUGAUAAAUUGAUUUCAGAUUUAUGGGAAGAUAUCGUAGGUUCAAGUGCGUCUGAUAUAGACGGUAACUGUAACCUGGAGAGUAUAGUCGAUCAAAUGCGGCAAUCGCAUUCAUUCACCGACGUAAUUCAUCAGAUUUCCAUCGAGCUUCAGUCGUGCACUUGCAGCCCGUUGUGUAAGUUAAACCUCGUCGUUGUAUUCGUUCAGUUAUGUCCUGAAAUAUAUUUUGAAUGUAAUCACCAAGAAGAAAUGCUGAUAGCAAGUUCCACAAAAAAUACAUUUUCUGAAGACAACGAUGUGAAACUCCUACAAAAGAUUGUUACGCAUGCAUAUGUUGAAGAAUUUAGAGACCGCGAGAUUUACGAAUACACGGCAGAUGAUUUCCCUAAUGCUGUUACGAGAGCAAAUUUGGUGUUUAAAUCAUUCACUUUGCUUCUUCAAAAUCAAAAAGCUUCCAAACGGAUUUUCUGCAGAAACGAAUCUCUUGACUUGGUUGCUUUGUUGUGCAGUUUAGCAGCUUCUCAUGCCGAACCCGGUCCGUGGACGAGCGAAACUACAGUUGUUGCAGCGAACAGUAUUAUCAAUGCCCUUGCAAAAUUCUACUCUUGUCGAAAUUCCCAGGAACUUCUCCUUUUAGCCAAUGAACAUGGCUUUACAAACCCCGAAGAUUCAUGGCACACGAAGUCAAUUUUCCGCAAAAUAUUAAAUUUAAACCAACCUCGCCUGCGUAAGGAAAACUGGAAUAAAAAUCCCUUUGCAAAAGCUGCUUUCUGUUGGUGUUUGGGGAACGUAGAACACCCAUAUCUCAGUUUUUAUUUAGACCAUGUUUUGACUCCGGUACUUUUGUUUGUUGAUGACUUUGUGAGUGAACAUAAACUGACUGGUAUAAAAUACUUGAAUUACAUCAUUGAUAAUGUAAGCAAAGAAGAACUACGAUGGUACAACAGAGAUGCUGUCAUCUUUGAUGCUUUAAAGCAUCAGUUAUUCACCCAGGAAGAAAGUGUGUUGGAAACUACAUUGUCUUCUCUGCUCUCUAUUCUUUCCAUUCUAGAAAAACCACCUUCCAAACUAGAAAAUAUAAGCUAUAACCGUUAUGAUGAAAUAUUUACCUCAGUCCUGUACAACGCACAAAUAGAAAACCAGCUAUCAUUUCGGCGUGUGUAUACUAGUUAUAUUCCUAAAUUCAUUCACCUUAUGGGAAUGACAGUUGUUCGACACACGAAACAAUUUCUACAACUUGUAGAAUCUUAUUUAGAAAUUUAUGAUGGGCCACACGAAGUUGCUCGGUUAAAUGUACUUGCUAGUCUCAAAAGCUUCAUUAAAGUUUCAUGGCCAAGAAUACAACACCAUAAUGAUAAAUUGGUAAAAAUACUACUCAGGCUUGUCUAUGAUGUAGCUGUUGAGGACGUCUAUGUAAUUCCUAAUGAUGUGAAACAGAAAGUAAUCAGUGAAGUUGUAGAGAUUUUAGGUAUUUUAAGAAUGCUGAAUAAAGAACGGGUGGAGAAUCUUUUGCAUGCUGUCAGCGGAAAAUUGAAUAUUCCUGCAUUUCAAGAGGCUGUGGAAUCUGUCUUGAAUAUUUGUAUUUAAUCAAACAUUAUAACUUCUUUUUGUUUUUGCAUUUAUAAAUGUUGUUUAUAAAUGUUUAUAAAACUUAUGGAAGGAGCAUCACCCACCAUGUGUGUGUAGAAUUAUAUAUAUGCAUACACAUAUGUGUUUGUGAGAUGUGAAGGUUGUAGUCUACAAGCAGUGUUGUCUCUUCUGCCUACAAUUCAUCUAUUUGCUUUGUGCCUUUGUUAACAUCUGCAAUAAGAAAUUCCUUACUUGAAAAAACAUGUGAGGGUCAUCAAAAGAAAAGGAUAUCCAGCUGUGAAACAAUAAUAUAUGCAAGCAUGAAAAAGAAACAGACAUAAAACAAAUAAAUGUAUACAGAUAAAGAGGGAAACGGGAAGAAUUGAAUCUAAAAAAAAAAAGAUUAAUGGUGGCCCAUGUCAAAAUCUCAAACAACAACAGGUCC